AGGGAGCCAGGGUGUGGAGCCAGAGGCGGUGGUAGGGGCGUGGCCGAGCGCGCGGCUGGCCGGGGAGGCGGGGCUAGCGCUGUACUUGAGGCCUCCUCCCCCUCGCGUCCCCUCCCCCUCCCUCCGGCGCUUGUGAGUGACAGACGCGCUCUGAGAAGCCAAGAGGGCGAAGCGUCGCCGCGGCCGUUGCUGCCUUCGCCAUCUCCGCGGUCCUCUUCGUCCCGCCCGGCUAUGAGGCGGCCUUGAGGGUGGCGGGGAAGCAGCCGGCCCGUCGUCCGUCCGCCCUUCCGUCUGCCCUCCCUUCUCGCCUGAGCGUAGCGAGCCCGGCGCGGCGGCGGCGGCGGCGGCGGGGUCUGGGCUCUGCUCCCGCCGGCCCCCGAUGACUGCGGCAAACUGCGGCGGCGCCAACGACGACUUCGACUUCAGGCUCAUCUUCGGCGAGGACGCGCAUCCCGGCCCGGGGCCGCCGGCGCCACUACCACGCGCGCUUGGGCCUGCCGUCGCAGCAGAUCUUGAUCCAGAUGAUUGUACAUCUGGGUGUAUCUUCAAUGUAGACCAUUCGUCACCUGUAAACCAUCCUAUUUGUAUCCCAUGUCAUGGAUUUCAAUCACACCCUUCUCCUUUGUCUUCACCUACUAGACUGCACGGUCAUAAAAGCUAUGAAGGAACAUGUGCAAUACCGGACUCUAAAUACAGUCCGCUAGGGGGUCCUAAACCCUUUGAGUGUCCUAGUAUUCAGAUUACAUCCAUCUCUCCUAACUGUCAUCAAGGAAUAGAAGCCAGUGAAAAUGAAUUGCACACAAAUGGCCCUCAAAAUGAAUAUAUGGACAGGCCUUCGAGGGACCAUUUGUAUCUUCCCCUCGAACCAUCUUACAGGGAUUCAUCCCUUAGCCCAAGUCCUGCCAGCAGCAUUUCCUCUCGGAGCUGGUUCUCAGAUGCCUCCUCUUGCGAGUCGAUCUCUCACAUUUACGAUGACGUUGAUUCAGAGCUGAACGAAGCUGCUGCUCGGUUUACCCUUGGGUCACCUUUAGCGUCUCCGGGAGGUUCUCCGAGGGGCUGUCCAGUAGAUGAACCUUGGCAGUCAUCUUAUGGAUUUGGCCAUGCCUUGUCGCCUAGACAAUCUCCUUGUCAUUCUCCCAGGACUAGUAUCACAGAUGAAAAUUGGCUUAGCCCUCGGCCCACCUCAAGACCAUCUUCAAGGCCGACGUCACCCUGUGGAAAGCGACGACAUUCUAGUGCUGAGAUCUGUUACGUUGGUUCACUUUCUCCUCAUCAUUCUCCAACCCCGUCCCCAGGUCACUCUCCCAGGGGAAGCAUCACAGAAGACACGUGGCUAAACCCUUCUCUCCAUGGUCUGACACCCGGCCUCUCGCCAUUUCAGUGUUGUGCAGAGACUGACAUCCCUCUUAAAACACGAAAGACCUCUGAGGAUCAAACUGCCAUCAUGUCGGGGAAAAUAGAGCUUAGUUCUGAAGAACAGGGUAGUUUAUCACCAUCCCUUGAAUCUGCAAUAGAGGAUAGCUCUGCAUCCCCACAUACCCUGAAAAAAGACUUGCCUGGUGACCAAUUUCUUUCUGUUCCUUCACACUUUACUUGGAGCAAACCAAAGCCUGGCCACACUCCUAUAUUUCGCACAUCUUCGUUGCCUCCCCUAGACUGGCCUUUACCUGCUCAAUACGGACAGUGUGAACUGAAAAUAGAAGUGCAACCAAAAACUCAUCACAGAGCACACUAUGAAACAGAAGGCAGCAGAGGAGCUGUGAAAGCAUCUACCGGUGGGCAUCCUGUAGUUAAGCUCCUGGGCUACAGUGAAAAGCCAGUAAACCUACAGAUGUUCAUUGGGACAGCAGACGAUCGCUACUUAAGGCCACACGCUUUCUACCAGGUGCACAGAAUCACAGGGAAAACAGUUGCUACUGCCAGUCAAGAAAUAAUUAUUACUAGCACAAAGGUCUUGGAAAUUCCACUGCUUCCUGAAAAUAAUAUGGCAGCCAGUAUCGAUUGUGCAGGCAUUUUGAAACUCCGUAAUUCCGAUAUAGAGCUUCGUAAGGGGGAAACGGACAUUGGAAGGAAAAAUACAAGAGUACGACUUGUGUUUCGAGUGCACAUCCCACAGGCCAGUGGAAAAGUCCUGUCUCUCCAAGUUGCUUCGAUACCCGUUGAGUGCUCUCAGAGAUCGGCUCAGGAACUUCCUCAGAUAGAGAAAUACAGCAUCAGCAGUUGCUCAGUGAACGGAGGGCAUGAAAUGGUGGUUACUGGAUCUAACUUCCUUCCAGAAUCAAAAAUAAUAUUUCUUGAAAAAGGGCAAGAUGGACGGCCUCAGUGGGAGGUAGAAGGAAAAAUAAUUAGGGAAAGGAGUCAAGAGGCUACAGUUGUUCUUGAAGUUCCUCCGUACCACAACAAAGCAGUUUUGGCUUCUGUCCAGGUGCAGUUCUACAUUUGCAAUGGCAAGAGGAAAAAAAGCCAGUCUCAGCGUUUUACUUACACACCAAUUGUACUGAAACAAGAGAACAGAGAUGAAAUUGAUUUGACUUCCGUUUCCUCAUUGUCCCUGACCCAUUGCACUGGUGUUGAAGGACUCCCUUCUCUUCAGACUCAGCUGUCUUCACCUGAUUCAGGGCUCUCCCAUGAGAGCCUUCUUUCCACGUCACCCAGGAGCCUUGUGUGCCCAGUUCAGCAAGCGUAUGCAUCCAUGGUGUCCUCCACAGUAUCCCAGCUGUCACACAUCCAAGGCAGAAACCUUAGCCCAGGUGAAGAACAUUCUGUUUUGUCUCCAGCUGUAGUCCACCCGUCUUUUCAGGUAACAUCGGCACCUUCUGCGAGGCCUUCCUACCAGCCUAUGCAAUCGAAUGCUAUGUUUAACGGACAGCCUGGUCUUCCCAUGAACUCUGCCAGCCAAGGAUUUGACGCGAUUUCGUUUCACCAAGACGCAGCAGCUGUACCUCAGUUGAUCAACCUUAGCUGCCAAUCUCUACCACCCAUGCCGUAUCAUUCUUCAAAUCUGGGUUCGGUGUCAACUUCAGCUGUAGCGGGAGGCCAUCCUUCAUCACACCCUGCUCAACAAAGACAAUCUUCGCCUCAUCUGACACCGAUGGGUUACCAUUGUCCAAAUCCUCGGCAAAGUUCUGCCACUUCUUCAAUGACUCAGUCCCUUGGACAGCCUUCCCCUCAGCUGCAGCAGGUCGCUUACCAUUCUUCAAAUCCAGGUAACACCUCCUCACCAUCCCCCAAAUCUUCUCAUUCUAUGGUCCAUUCACCACGAUCUGGACCAUCUUCUCCACAACUGCAGCCUAUGCCUUACCAGACUUCUAACUCAGGACCUGCCUCCUCACCUCCAUCUACUGUUAGUCACUCCGGGCAACAGUCACCUCAGGCACAUAGUCCAGGUUUGGGAGGAAUUGCCGCAACUUCAUCCUUGAUCCAUCGUAAUGUUUGUGAUGCAUCUCCGUUUUCACCAGAGGAGGCAGCGGUUAACGUAAAGCCUGAACCUGAAGAUAGAGAGCUGAAUUUUCAGACAAUAGGGCUGCAAGACAUCACCUUAGAUGAUGUGAAUGAGAUCAUAGGAAGAGACAUGUCGCAGAUCUCCGUCUCCCAUAGUGUGGUGGUGGCUGUUCAUCCUCCAAACACAUGUCCCACGGCUCUGGAGGCAGGCGUAUCGGAUGCUGUUCAGUAGCCGCUCAGCUUGUGGCGAAGCAGACCGCUCCGCACUUCCCCUCCAAAGACCGCUUCAACCCUUCCUUAGAUUUUACUGUGCUUCCGACUUUGUGGCCUUGAUGAUUGGGCGCGAUGUGGCUGGGUUUUUUUGGAGGGGGUGGGCAGCGGGAGGGGGGAUAUACUUCGGGGUUGGCAACUGAGCAGUCUAAUUCUAGCUUCCUAGGAUGCUGUAAACUUUGGCAGAAAUGGACACACAGGAGCAACUUUACUCUUGAAAAGUCAACCACCACCAUCACCAAUGAGCUUUGCUUGUUUUUGUGCAUUUAAAUAGAAUACUUUUAUAUUAAAUGCUUAACGUAUGGAGAAAUAGGUUUUUUUGCUCUCAAUAUGCACAGUACUGAAUGUGGGGGGGAUUUAAAAAAAAUACGCAUCUUAUAUGCUGCUUUUUCCUUAGGAGAGAUAUUAGGAUUGUAAUAUAAAUUUGUAUACCUUUUUGGGGUCAUUUUGGAGAGCCUUUAAGCUUAUAUUGUUUAAAAACAGAACUUUUUAAAAAAAUAAAUGAAAUCUUCCAGAGGCACAAAAAUACCCUGUCAUCUUAAGCCAAUGCCUUUGGAGUCUUGUGUAUAAGAUUAUUAGCAUUUUCUUUGGAUUUAUAGGAAGCAAAGCCAAAUAUAGGUCUGUGUUCUUUUGGUGGGCUGAAGAGAGAUCAUUCCAUCAUGGAAAUAUUGGGGUAAAAAUGACAUUCCAAAAUAAAGCUUUUAAACUUCAUAGAUGACCCCCCCUUGCUAGCACAGGCCGUGUAACUGAAACAGUUUUUCAUGUUCAGAACGAUUAAUAGAAAUACUUGUAAGUAGAGAACUAAGAUUGGGUGAGCUUAUUUAAUACCCGCAUUUAGAAGUCCUCCUCUAUAAGGACCCCGGCUCUUUCCGCACAAAUCUGCUAAAACAUUUGUAAAACGGUUCUGUUUUCCCUUAGUUUAUGGACAGAUAAGUGCUUCAUGCUUCGCAGCCCCGUGCUGCAGUUCUCUUGAGUUUUUUGUAGUUGAAGAUGUGAAGAUUCUGCAGGCAAAGUGAUGUCACAAAUGGCGUCUUAAAGGGACAGCACACAAAUGAAGCCUUUUUGAAAACUUUUCAGCCCACAGAAUUGCUAGAAAAGGGGAUUCAUUUAAAACAGUUCUUUAGCUGGAAAUGAAAAAAAAUCGGGGGGGGGGGGGCGUUUAGAACUGCAAGGAAUUCCACCCCAAAACACUUUUCCCCCAUCCUGAAAAUGUUUUAUCUGUGCUGUGCGGAAAUGGUCCCCGUUUAAUCAGAGUAGUUUUAAGGAAGAGUUAUCCCCACUGAAAUGUUGUCUUGAGAUCCCUCAGGUAGGGUCUUCUUUAACUCCAUCCACCUCCUUUUUUGGUGGGUAAACCUGUUAAAUCUCUUACGCAAACUUGCUACUUCAAAAUAUUUUCUUGAUGAGACUAUGGCAGUUUAUUUUUCAUAUGAGUUGACGUUGUAAAGUCGUAUUAGGUGCAGUAUAUAGUAAAAAUGGAUGGAACUGAUAAAUUAAUGAAAUGUUAUUUCAGAUUUUGAAAAAUUCUCUGGGCUUUUCUGUUAUGGACUAUGGCAGGGGUAUAUGGAACCCAAAUAUUUAAUAUCAGAGUCGCCACUAGAGAGACUUGAUGUGAGAAUUUCUGUUGCUCUGUUCAUAGGGAUGAUAUUCUAGUGAAAAUUAAAGCUGUAAGUUUUGGGCAGCUUAGAAUGUGACUUUCUAAAUUGUCAAAAAUCCUCUUGGUUUUCCAUGAGGUAAAAAAUGACAGCCUCCUCCCCUUUAUGAAUUGCAUUUCCACCAAAGUCUUAAGUGCAUCUGAGUUUUUGAUUCCCUAGUCAAAGUGAUCCAUAUCUAAAAUGGCCCUUUUCUCAUAUUGUGUCAGCAUUUUUUACAGUUGAAACAGACUGAAAUAUCUGUCUUAGGGAGACCAUCUAGGACAUAGGGCCGUGAGUUUGACACCUGUGAUCUAGGAAAUCUAUGAGUAGGAAGCCACAAGUGCAGGGGCGUACCGCCCACAGGGAGGUGGGGACAAAUGUCCCUGGGCGCAAUGCCCCCCAAUCAUCCCCACCCCCUCCUCCUGAGCUGGGUCAGUGUGGGGGAGAAGGGGGGGUGGGGGCGAUUUUGCAUGAGGCAGCCCCACCCCCGAGCAAAGGGGAGACCCCCGGAGGAGGUUUGUCCCCCGGGCCCCAUUUCCCCCGAUACGCCUCUGCACAAGUGUCUAACAGUUUCUUCUACUCCUGUGAAGUGGUCUGCAUCAGUGCUUGCAUUAAAGGACCACCGAGAAAUAGAAGGCUAAGCAGCGUAUCUGCAGGCCGAUGUGGCUCAUGGGCUGCCAGGUGGCUGCCACUUGGUUAUACAUCAAGCACAAUACUUACACAUUUGUCCCUCUGUACCUUUGAACGUAAAAACAUUGAUAAUACAGCCUUGUGUUAUUUUAGAAACAGGAAACCAAAUACAGAAUUGUAUGAAGUAUCUACACAUUUCGGAUGGAGAACAGGAGGCUGCUUUCAGAGGAAAAUGCUAUCUUGAAUAUCUUAACCUAGUAGACAUCUCAUUUGCGUGGCUUACACCUUUUGGAGUUGUCUGUCCCUGUUGGUAGAUCCACUUUCUGUUAGCUUCCAAGAUGCAUAAUAUUACCAUUCAUUAGGGGCGCCCUGCAUUGCUGUUAAUUGAAAUCAAAGGAGGGUCGGGGUGAUUCUGUUCUCAAGAGAAGAGAGGCGGUGCUUUUGUAAGUAAAUCUGGGUUCUGUUUUGCUGACCAUUUUAUAAAAACCAUUAAAAAAAACCCCUGGAAUAUGGCUUGUUACAUUUUGUAGCAUUUCACUCCUUGAACUAUAGUACAAGCCUUGUAUGGUGACUAUUCCAGUUUUUGCACGGAGAUUUCAGGUUUCUGAGUUUUUUGUACUCUGUGGGAUUUUCUGCUCCUUGGCAGAUAGGGAAGUAGAGCAUUUUUUCCCUCUAAGUCAUCCUGCGUACUUUUGAAUCUAUGUUGUACCUAAAAUGUGGGAACCCAAAUAAAUCCCGACUUUCUAUGCACUAAAUGGCCAGUCCACCAAGUUCAGCAAGAUCACAACCUCUCUCUGGGCACUUUUGCACAUGCAGAAUAGUGCACUUUCAAUCCACUUUCAGUGCACCUUGCAGGUGGAUUUUACUGUGCAAAAUAGCAAAAUCCACUCGCAAACAAUUGUGAAAGUGGAUUGAAAAUGCAUUAUUCUGCAUGUGCGGAAGUGCCCUAAGUUUCAGCAAGGCUGCUCCAGGCAUACCUUGCAAGCUGUCUGAGACACAAGGAGGUUUUGUGGCUACGGAGUUGGUGGAAUGCUCAUGAAUCUUCUGAUGCCUUUUCAAAUACCUUGAUGCCUGUAGAAGUAGAAAUGCUUUCCUAUUUAAAACAAAUAUAGAUUUCGGUACUAAAAAUGUAUUUUGCCUUGUAAAAGCUUCAGUACAAGGGUCUUAAUUUUAUUGCUUGUGUGAUGUUAUAGGUAAGACUGAUCUUGUGAAAUGUAGUGGAUAUUAAAAGCACACUAUCUCCAUUGGACUAUGCAAAUUUACAUUUUUUUUUUCAGUAGCAGCCUUAGACAGGCACUCUGGAAUCUCCUUCGCUAGCUUCCCCCCACCACCUCAAAGUGUACAACUGCUUUCAGUGCUGGCGUCCAAAUCUUUAAUAUACCAGGGAAAGCGCUAAUGAAAAAAACUCUUUUACAGAAAAAGUUGAGAUUUGUACAUCAAAUUGUGGGGCGGGGGGAGUACGUGGCCCGUUUGAUAUGGGCUGACGAAGUAGUUUUGUUUUUACCAAAGUUUCACCACAAUCAGGCACUCAUAAUAAACUCUUCAUUGUAGAAAUGGAACUGCCAUCAUUUUUAAAACCAAAGAUUAAAGAAGGGGGGGGGGGGCGCGAUGACACAUUUUGUUAGGAUGCAAACAGUGCUUUGAAAACUCUAUUUUUGAUACACAGAAUGAAUGUCAUUCCUUAUAGGUUUGGAGAUUGUUCAAAAUUGACGUUUUGUAUUUAACAAUGCAGGACAAUAAUGAUUUAAGACUAAAGGUUACAUUCUAGAUGUUUACAGAGCCUUGUAUUGUAAUUUUAAUGUACAUUUCAUGUAUUAAACCUUUUGUAAGUUAUGAUUGCAGUGCUACAUGCAGAAAUACAAAGGGAAGAACUUGCAUUUUAGGCUCUUGAAUCAUAGUGUUGAAAUAAAGAAAAAAAAUGCCUAA